GGAGAAUUUCCGCCUUGCCGUUUCCUCUGUGUGCUCCAGCUCGGGGAUGACUCGCUCGGUUUAAAAAUGCUGCUUUGGAUUCUGCUGCUGGAGACGUCUCUUUGUUUCGCUGCCGGGAAUGUUACAGGGGACGUUUGCAAAGAGAAGAUCUGCUUGUGCACCGAGAUCGAGGGCGACUUGCACGUCGACUGCGAGAAGAAAGGCUUCACCAGCCUGCAACGCUUCUCGGCCCCCACUUCCCAGUUCUACCAUUUGUUCCUGCACGGCAAUUCCCUCACUCGCCUUUUCCCCAAUGAGUUCGCUAACUUUUACAAUGCAGUCAGCUUGCACAUGGAAAACAACGGCUUGCACGAGAUCGUGCCGGGGGCUUUCCUGGGGCUGCAGCUGGUGAAGCGGCUGCACAUCAACAACAACAAGAUCAAAUCGUUUCGCAAGCAGACCUUCCUGGGCUUGGACGAUCUGGAAUACCUCCAGGCUGAUUUUAAUUUAUUGAGGGAUAUUGACCCGGGGGCCUUUCGGGACUUAAACAAGCUGGAGGUGCUGAUUUUAAACGACAACCUCAUCAGCGUUUUGCCUGCCAACGUGUUCCAGUACGUGCCCAUCACCCACCUGGACCUGCGGGGCAACCGCCUGAAAACCUUGCCUUACGAGGACGUACUGGAGCAGAUCCCGGGCAUUGCUGAGAUUCUGCUGGAGGAUAACCCUUGGGACUGCACGUGCGACCUGCUCUCGUUGAAAGAAUGGCUGGAGAACAUCCCCAAGAACGCCCUGAUCGGCCGGGUGAUUUGUGAAGCCCCUACGAGGCUGCAGGGCAAGGAUCUAAACGAGACCACGGAGCAGGAGCUGUGCAGGAAAAACCGAGUGGAUUCCAGCCUGGCUGCUCCUCCCGCAGAAGAGGAGACGUGCGAUCCCGGGCCCAUCCCGACCCCCUUUAAGAUCCAUGGCAAGGAAGACCCUGCCACCCCGGGCUCUGCUCCUCACGGGGGUACAAAAAUCCCGGUGAACUGGCAGAUUAAGACUAGACCUACGGCUGCCGGCUCGACCAUCAACGUGAAAGGCAAGUCCUCCAGCAGCACACCUUGUCCUGCCACCUGCGUCUGCCACCAGAUCCCAGGAGGAUUCAAGGUGAAUUGCAACGAUGGCAACGUCAGCAGCCUGGUGGAUUUGAAACCCAAGCCCUCCAGCGUGCACGAGCUCUUCUUGAGGGGCAACAAAAUCCACACCAUUCGAAAAUCCCAUUUUGUGGACUACCGCAAACUCAACCUGUUGGACUUGGGCAACAACAACAUCGCCACCAUGGAGAACAACACCUUCAAGAACCUUUUGGAGCUGGUGUGGCUCUACAUGGACAAUAACUAUUUGGACACACUCUCUCGGGAGAAGUUCAAUGGAUUGCAGAACCUGGAAUACCUAAACAUGGAAUUUAAUGUCAUCCAGCUCAUCAUGCCAGGGACAUUUAAUGCCAUGCCCAAGCUGAGGGUUCUCAUCUUGAAUAACAACCUUCUGAGGUCCCUCCCUGUUGAUGUCUUUGCUGGGGUCUCCCUCUCCAAACUCAGCAUCCACAACAAUUAUUUCCCUUACCUGCCAGUGGCAGGGGUGCUGGACCAGCUCACCUCCAUCACCCAAAUAGACCUGCAUGAUAACCCAUGGGACUGUAAGUGCCCCAUUGUCCCUUUCAAACAGUGGGUGGAGAUGUUGCGACCCAAGGUGAUGAUGAGUGACUUGAGAUGUGAGACUCCAGAAGAAUUCUUCAAGGAGGACUUUGAAUCCCUCUCCAAUGAGGCCAUUUGUCCUCAACUCAAGGUCUUGCCCACCUUGACUUCCUCCAAUAAGAACAGCACUGGCUUGGCCGAGACUGGGACACAUUCCAACUCCUACCUGGAGACUAGCAGGGUCUCCAUCUCAGUGCUGGUGCCUGGCCUUUUGCUGGUCUUCGUCACCUCUGCAUUCACAGUGGUGGGCAUGCUGGUCUUUAUCUUAAGGAACCGGAAGCGCUCAAAGAGGAGGGAUGCCAACUCCUCAGCCUCGGAGAUCAACUCCUUACAGACAGUCUGUGACUCAUCCUACUGGCAUAAUGGACCCUACAAUGCAGAUGGAGCCCAUCGAGUAUAUGACUGUGGCUCUCACUCCCUAUCAGACUGAAACACCAGACUGGGGAAAUACAAAAACAAAACAAAACAAAAAACCAUUAAAAUUUUAAAUCAUAUUAUGGGCAAUCAGUUCAAGUUCAGCAGCUAGCAACCUCAACUUCCCUUCGGUGGCUCAAAGCUCCCUUUCCCUGAUCUGUGCAUUGCUGUCUCGUCCGCUGAUGUGAAUGGACCACAACAUGGGAUGGGACUUUGCCCACCUUAAAGCUACCUUCUGGUGAAAAAAACACCUACCCACUCACCAAACUGGGGAGAAAUGGCGUGAGUGGAGGCCUGCUCCCCUCCCCCUUUGGCCAAGCCUUCAACUUGAGGCUGUGCUUGGUGUAAAAAUGUGCACUGCAUAGUCAAUGGCAAGGAAAGAAAGAAAGAUAGAAAGAUCCAGUCAAAGAGGAUGGCUCGACUUAGGGGUUAAAGAGAGAGAGUAAAUAUGAACACACUCUCCUGCAAGGUGACCUAUGACCAGGUGGAUCUAUGGGCCCUGUGUGUGUAUGUGUGUGCUGGGGAGACAAGGGCUCCCCCUGGCGCCCUCCCCAUUGCAAGCAAAGCAAGAGUGUCCAGUUGCACGAAGGCAUGAAUGUAUUGUAAAUAAAUGACUCUGAUCUAAACAAACAGACAAACAAACCCAAGUUGCUGCAUGGUUCGCAUGGAUACAAACCACCCAGGGACGCUUCAGCCCCCAAUGGAAGCAGCGUCCAGUUCACCUCGUCCU